AUGGCAUCCUGUGGCUGCAAAUUCUACUGUAAACCACACUACUGUUACCGACUCUCUGGCUACGCACAAAGGAAGAGGCCGGCAGUGGCUCCUCUGUCUGGAAAGGAGGCCAAAGGACCCCUGCAGGAAGGCCCUACUGUGGACACAAAUGGACGAGCCAGCACCAUCUCCAGCUCAGCUGAGAGAACUCCAGGUUCCAGCAUGAAUGGUGUGGAGGAGCCCAGCAUUGCCAAAAGGCUGAGAGGCACUCCCGAGAGAAUUGAGCUGGAGAACUACCACCGGUCUGUGAAACGGGCAGAGGAACUGGAGGAGGUACCCGAGGAGACACAGGCCGAGCACAACCUUAGCAGCGUGCUGGACAAGGGCACUGAAGAAGACGUGGCCAGCAGCAGUUCUGAGUCAGAAAUGGAUGAGGAAGAAGAGGAGGAAGACCAGCUGCCUACCUCUGACCUGGGCGGCGUUCCCUGGAAGGAGGCAGUGAGAAUCCAUGCUCUCCUGAAAGGAAGAAGUGAAGAGGAGCUAGAGGCCUCCAAGAGCUUUGAGCCUGAGGAGGAAGAAGAGGAGGAAGAGGAAUAUGAAGAAGAGGAGGAGGAAGAAUAUGAGGAGGAGGAGGAGGAAGAGUCCAGUGAAGUGCCCGGCCUUCCCUCCAUUCGCCGCGCAGCAGUGCAGGCCUGGCUGGAGACGGUCUCUGGAGCCCCACUGGAUGAGAAUGAACUGGAAGAUGUGGACUCAGAGCCAGCAGAGACAGAAGGGGAGGCUGCAGAGGAUGGGGACCCUGGGGACACUGGUGCUGAGUUGGAUGAUGAUCAGCACUGGUCUGAUGACAUCCCAUCUGAUGCUGAAACAGAGGUUCGCUUGCAGCACCAGGCUGAGGUGGAAGCAGAGCUGGAGCUGAGGGUAUCAGAAAAUGAAGAGGAGAAACCACCAGCUUUACCAAAGCAACAAGAGAGAGGUCCUUCCCAGGACUUUAGCCCCAUCCUGACCCCUCAGGAAGAAGCCAUUCUGUUCACCCCAGCCCACAGCCCUGUGGCAGAGGGGCCCCAAAUCCCACUUGCCUCUGUUUCUACAAAGGUGAAAUCCCCUGAGAAGUACCUUUUCCCUGAACCUCUGCUCCCCAGAGAGAAGCCCAAAGCUGAAGCCCCUGCAGAUGAGAAAGCUGCAUGCUCUCCCAUCCGAUCACAGCCCAUGGCUCUGCCAGAAGCCAGAACACCUGCCUCACCUGUUAACUCCCAGCUUGCAUCACCACUGGGCCUCUCCACACCCUCCUCUGCCCAGCUCCCCAUCUGCUCCCAGCCUCAGCCUUCCUCAGAGGCCACUAUCCCUUCCCCCACCAAGUCCCCCAUACGCUUCCAGCCAAUUCCAGCCAAAGCAUCCACACCCCUGACUCCCCUCCCCAUGGAGAAUCAAGGUGACCCCCAGGGUAGACUGGGCAGCCCUCUGGCUGUGGAUGAGGCCCUGAAACGGAGUGAUCUGGUAGAGGAGUUCUGGAUGAAGAGUGCAGAGAUCCGCCGCAGCCUCGGGCUCACACCUGUGCAGCGGAGCAAGGGGCCUGAGCCCAGCUUCCCCUCACCUGCCUUCCCACCAGUGUCCCUAAAGUCCUACCCAGUUGAAAAGUCUCCUCAGAAUGAGGGGCACCAUCUUUUGAAACCCCCACCUGUUCCUAAAAGGCUCGGGCUGCCAAAGUCAGCUGGUGACCAGCCCCCACUACUAACUCCCAAGUCACCCUCUGACAGAGAGCUGAGGAGCUCCCAGGAGGAGCACAAGGACCUAUCCAGCAGCUCUGGCCUGGGCCUCCAUGGCAGCUCUUCCAACAUGAAGACCUUGGGCAGCCAGAGCUUCAACACCUCAGACUCUACCAUGCUCACCCCACCUUCCAGCCCACCACCACCCCCACCUCCCAACGAGGAGCCUGCAACCCUAAGAAGGAAACCCUAUCAGACUUGCGAGCACAGGGAAGCUGAGCCCAAGGCCUCGGUUAUCCCUCCUCCCCCACCUUUUAUGCGGCCCCCACGGGAGCCUGCCCAGCCCCCCAGGGAAGAGGUGCGGAAGUCAUUUGUGGAGAGUGUGGACGAGAUUCCCUUUGCUGAUGAUGUGGAGGACACCUAUGAUGAAAAGACCGAGGACUCUAGUCUGCAGGAGAAGUUCUUCACGCCUCCCUCCUGCUGGCCCCGUCCGGAGAGGCCCCUGGCCAAGGAGAAUGGGCGGUUGCCUCCUCUGGAGGGCAGCACCCAGCCACAGAAGAGGGGGCUACCCCUAGUCUCUGCAGAAGCCAAGGAGCUGGCUGAGGAGCGUAUGAGAGCCCGGGAGAAGUCUGUGAAGAGCCAGGCUCUGAGAGACGCCAUGGCCAAGCAGCUGAGUAAGAUGCAGGGGAUGGAGAUGGUAUCUGUGGCCUCCAGGUCCCGCACAGCACUCUUGGCAGCCUCCCAGGGCAAGGAACUCAGGUCUGAGUCCCCCAGGCACUCAGGCCUCAGAAGCUCCGAGGAGCCCACCCUAAAGCAUGAAGCCACCAGUGAGGAAGUUCUGUCCCCUCCAUCAGAUUCAGGGGGUCCAGAUGGUUCCGUCACCUCGUCUGAGGGCUCCAGUGGGAAGAGCAAGAAAAGGUCAUCCCUCUUCUCCCCCCGCAGAAACAAGAAAGAGAAGAAGCCCAAAGGGGAGGGCCGGCCCACAGAGAAACCUAGCUCGAGUGUGCUGGAGGAAGCAGCUGCCAAGCCCAAGUCCUUGUGGAAGUCAGUCUUUUCUGGGUACAAGAAGGACAAGAAGAAAAAGGGUGAUGAGAAGUCCUGUUCCAGCACCCCAUCCAGUGGUGCCACGGUGGACUCCAGCAAACGCAGGAUGUCUCCUGUUGUGAGAGCAGAGCUGCAGCUCCGGCGCCAGCUGAGUUUCUCAGAGGACUCGGACCUGUCCAGUGACGACAUCCUUGAGAAAUCCUCACAGAAGUCCAAGCGAGAGUCGAUUUAUGUACCACACGCCUUGGCAUUCAGGAGAUCCUACUCAUCAAAGCCAAGAACCUACACAGAGGAGGAGCUGAAUGCCAAGCUGACCCGGCGUGUGCAGAAGGCAGCUCGGAGGCAGGCCAAGCAGGAGGAGCUCAAGCGGCUGCACCGAGCCCAGAUCAUCCAACGACAGCUGGAGCAGGUGGAGGAGAAGCAGAGGCAGCUGGAGGAGAGGGGGGUUGCAGUGGAGAAGGCACUCCGAGGCGAAGCAGACUAUUGGGGAGAGUCUUAUUACAGUGACCUCAUCGACUUGCACCUGGGUGGUAUGUAUAGCAGCAUCCAUUGCUGGCACUAACCCUGCAACACUUCCCCUCCCUCCCCACUCCCAAUCCCUGCUCACAAACAGCAAAGAGAAACCAACCUGAUAACCAAAUGGCAAAAGCACAAACCCUUUUCCAGGCUCAGUGGUAGAGAGAGCACUUGCCUAGCGUGCACAAGGCUCUGAGUUCAACCCCUAGCAUCCCAAAAAGAAAAAUUAAAAAUGAAGCAGUAUAUCAGAUGCUCUGCACUGCCAGAGGGAGAUUUAAGAUAGCUUUUGCUGCUCAGAGUUUUUCUCAUUUUUCCUAGUAAAACUUUACCCCAGCCCAUCAAUGUUGCCUCUGAAUCCUGAUCUCUUUAAUGUCGUUCGGCAGCAGUACAUACAAACUUAACUCCAGUAUGACUUUUGUCCUGAAUCUCAUCUCAUCCCUCACAACUUGUACAUAUUACAUCCACUAGGAAGUUCACUGCCAGCCACACUUCAGGAGCAAACAUGGGGCUGGAGGUGUAGCUCACAGGUAGAGCACUUAUUUAACAUGCACAAGGCCCUGGUUCCAUCCAAGC